AUGUCGAACGACCAGGCUCCUGCGCCUGUAUCGGUACUUUUCGUCUGUUUGGGAAAUAUUUGCCGCUCUACCAUGGCCGAGGGCGUCUUUCGAUCCCUAUGUUCCUCAUCACAGCAAUACAGCGAUCUGAUCGACGAAAUCGACUCCUCGGGCACGGGCGCAUACCACGCAAGCGAUUCUCCCGAUUACCGCACAAUGGCUACUCUGAAACAGCACGGCAUCACGAAUUACAAUCACUCUGCUAGGAAGAUUACAAAGGACGACUUUCGGAAAUUCGACUAUAUACUCGCCAUGGACGAGUACAAUCUCAAAGACCUGUUACGGCUACGCGAUAGCAUCAUCGGCGCACAGUCAGGAAGGACGAAGGGUCGUACGAAUAACACGCGAUCAACGACCAACGCUACAGAGGACACAGUAACAGCACAAAUUGCAGAAGUACGACUAUUUGGGGACUUCAAUCCUGACGGUACUGUCAACAAGAAGGUCGGCGGAGGUCAAGAGAUUGAAGACCCGUAUUAUGGAGGAAUCAACGGCUUCGAGAUCGCGUAUGAUCGAGCGUUGAGGUUUUCGAAGGGAUUCUUGGCGUACUUGGAGAAGAAACGGGAGCAGUGA